AUGGUAAUCAAUAUUUUUCUCAUUUUGUUAUUUUUAUUGAUAAAUGAAACAACAGCGAUUGAUGAGGAAUGUUAUUUAACUGUUCCAGAAAUUGGCAAACGGUUUGGAUACGAAUCAGAAGUUCAUUUGGUUCGAACAAAAGAUGAAUAUAUUCUCGAACUUCAUCGAUUCCCAUGUAAACAGAACGGAAAAUGUGAUCCAAGCUCAAAAAGACCCAUCGUGUUCAUGCAACACGGUCUCCUAGCAGACGGAUUUUCAUGGAUUCCAAACUUGGCGAACCAAUCUGCUGGAUUUGUGUUUGCUGAUGCAGGUUUUGAUGUUUGGAUUGCAAAUAGUCGAGGUACUCCAGCAUCACAAAAACAUAUUGGAUAUGGUCCGGAGAACCAGAAAUUCUGGAAUUUCACGUGGCAAGAGAUGUCUGAAUUCGAUUUGACUUCGAGUGUUUACUACGUUUUGAAAGAGACGAAACAGGAGUUUUUGUAUUAUUUGGGUCAUUCUCAAGGUACAAUGAUUAUGUUUUCAAGGCUUGCUGAGGAUAGAGAAUUUUCAAAACAAAUUCGUCAUUUCCACGCAUUGGCUCCAGUUGCUACUGUUUCUCACAUCGGAGGACUCUUCGGAUUAUUUGGAAAACAAUUCCUCACUUAUGCUGAAAUUCUCCUCGGUCGACUACCGUAUUCUCCACUUUCUAUUCCACGGACUGUUCAAAAGAUGAUAAGUUACAUGUGUAGUAAAUUCCUGAUGCAGAAUAUAUGUACUUUGGACAUUGGAUUUAUUGAUGGCAGUGAAAAACAAUUCAAUCAGUCAAGAGUUGGAGUUUAUUUAUGUCACACACCAGCAGCUACAUCUGUCAAAGAUCUUCAACAUUGGAUUCAACUUGUCAAAUCUCAAAAAGUUGCCAAGUUUGACUAUGGAAAAGAUGGAAACAUGGCUGAAUAUGGACAGCCGGAGCCUCCAGUUUACGAUUUGACGCAGAUUUAUACUCCGACAUAUUUAUAUUGGAGUGGAGAUGAUAUUCUUGCAGAUACUCAAGAUAUCCGAGAUUCAAUUCUUUCAAAAAUGAACAAAACAAUUGCCGGAUCAAUUGAACUUCCUCAUUAUAGUCAUAUGGAUUUUGUUUUUGGAAUCAAUGCUGCAUCUGAAUUAUACCCGGUAAUGAUUUCCACGAAUAAUACUGAUGUAAUUUUAUUCCCGUUGCAGGGAAUCAUCAAAACGAUCCAAGAUGAUUAUGACAAAUAUCGUGUCUCGAAACUGCAUCAACUCAGACAAUAUUCAUGA